GGGGGAUUGGAUCACGUGACCACCUCAGCUCGCGACAGCCACCUAGUUCAGACCGGUUAACGGAGUACGGGGAAACUAGAGGUACCGAUGCUCCCACUGGGCGGCAGGGCAGGGCAGGGCAUGGGCGAGUUUGCCUCAGUAGCAAUGGGAGCCGCGGGACCUGCUUCCUCACGUGAUCCUCUCGGGUCCGAGGAAGACGUCAUGUGACUACUGCCGCUGAGCCUGGCCGUUGGUCGUGGGAGCUACGGUGGCCGAGCUGAGCUAGGUCUGUUACCUAGGUAACCGAGUUCGGGCGCCUGAGACAAACCUGCUGGUUUUUCAAGGGAAGCGGCCGCCGGUGGUUCGGCCCGGCUGAGGUAGUAUUUUCCAGUAAUUGAACUGUUUUGGAAGUUAAGUUUGAGCUGCUGACUAUGGCUCAUCGGUUUUCAAAAGCAGAACUAGAUGAGCAGUUUGAACAGUUUCUGAAGGAGUCUCUUUCAGAUGAUUCAUUUGAAAAUUCAAAGAAAAAAUCCACCAUUCUUGAGACACUGGGACAGCCCAGGAGAAAGGAAUUGAAGAAGAAAGAUCCUGUGCCAUGGUGGAUAUCCGAGGAUGAUUCUGAUGAUGGCGGAAUGCUAGGGACAAAUGGAAGCUUUCUCAAGUCACAAAAGGAUUCCCACCCUAUUAUGGAGGUGGAUGAGGAAGCUCACACAGGAAAAAUGCAGCUCCAAAAAAAUGAUGGUGUUUCUAUAUCCUUAAGUAGAGACAGCCUGGAACCUGAUGAUUCAGUUGUGGCUUCUGGACCCAAUCAAAGUAUUUUGGGAGCUGGAUUGGAUACUUUGGAAGAACAAGAAGAAAAAGAGAGAUUCUUUGCUAAACUUGAAAAAGGAGCUUCAUAUACCAUUGAUUAUUCAAGAUUAAACAAAGAGCUGGACUCAAAUGAUUCUAUAUUACUAGCAGCAUUUGCCUGCAAUGAACAAAAUGUAGAACAAGUGGAAGAUGAAUCUAAACAUGAAGAGAAAUGUGGCAAUUACAGUGAAGAUUUUGAAGAUGAGACUGAAUCUGAUUAUCCUUCUAAAAAUGAAGAUAACCAAGUUGAGCAAACUGUCAGAUCAGAUGCUGAUUUAAGUAUUCAAGGACAGGAUGAAAAGACUGGCAUGCUGGCUAAAGUUGUGUUGCUUGAUUCACAAGACUCCACCAUGGAAACCCAAAAGGUCAUUGAACAGCAAGAUGCAGCAGUGACUGAACAUGAGACACCUGACGUCACUAAGGAUGAAAUAAAUAGAACUGCAGGUAUUUCCUAUGGACAAACUAACAGUGAUAUUGAAGCAUUACAGCAGGCCUAUUGUCAUAUUGAUCAGUCUCUAGGAGACACAGAUGAGCAAAGAAUUAAUCUUAGUGCGAUGGAAAAUGCAGAGUGCCCAGUACAAGAUGCUUCACAAAACAACGAAGACUGUGCAAAAAACAUCUCAACUACUGAAUCAGAUUUGCUCACUGUAGAGGAAUUGAUGAAACCCAUUAGAGCAGAUUCAUCUCAUGUGAGAGGCUUUGACCUGGAGCCUGUAAGUCCAGUAAAGCUAACGGACAACAGAGCAGCUGAAUUUGUCAGCCAUUUGCCAUUUAAAGAACUCAAAAAUGAUGCAGUUCUGGAGAAGCAAAGUUUAGAUUCUUUGUUUGAAAAACAUAGUAAAGAAGAAGAGAGUGUUUUUCUCCAGGCAACUGCAAAUGAAGGUAAUCAUCAAAAAGGGACUGAUAAAGAAGACCAGAUUGAUAAAGAGCAGCUUGACUUUUUGAGACAAACAGUACUACAAGAUUCUGCAUUGUUGCAUCAGGACAGCAAAAUUAAUAAGGCAUGUCAGUCCAGCUCCUGGAGGAACAAGGGAUUGGAUUCAGUGACUAAUAAGCAAAUAAUGCACAAGAGCACUAGAAGUACAGCUCCUUUACAUAAGAAGAAAUCUCCCAUUGGACCUCAUAUAUUGGUUAGGAGUUCUGGGUAUGGUAAACCCACUUCACCCUUAAAACAAUUUUCCACAACUAGUGAAAAGAGAGCAUCAAAAGAAGCUCUCAAAAAGCCAAGUUUGAAAGCCAAAUCACCUCCAGAUAAAGCAAGGCAAAAAGACACAUUAUUUACUACUAAGAUAAUAAGAUCUGCAAUAAAUGAAUCAGCUUCUAAAAAGAUCAACAAUAUGGUUACGUCCGGCCAGUCAGUUGUUAAUGCCCUUGGACAGCAGAUUAAGGAAAUGGAUUCUUGUGUGCAGUCGCAAAAUGAUUCCUCACUUUUCCCUGUCAAAAACUGUGCGAGAGAGCUUUAUUUGCUAAAAAGAGUCAAGGAAGCAGAGGAAAAGUUGAAAGCAGCACAUGAUUUAAUUCAGCAGCUAAAAGAUUCAUUUUCACAAAAAGAGAAGGAAAUGGAGAAUAAGAUGGUAGAAAUGAAAAUGCAACAUGACAAAGAGCUUUUUCAGCAGAGUCAAGAAAACUAUGUGCUUCAGACCAAGGUAAAUAGUAUGGAAGAGCUGAGCAAAGAAAAGAAGUGGCUUCACCUUGGGGCAACAGAGACAGUCACUGAAGAAAAGUUAAAGCAAAUCCAAAAGGAAAUUCAAGAUCAAGAGAACCUUCUUCACGGUUAUCAGCAGGAAAAUGAAAAGUUAUACAAGCAAAUGAAAGAACUCCAGAUACAAAACAAGAAAAAUGAGGAAAGGAUGUUUAAGGAAAAUCAACAUUUAACAUCUGAGUUAGCGUCUUUAAGAGAACAGAUGGAUAAAAAUAACUUCCUGUCACGAUUAGAGCAGGAUUCUAAGCCAUCAAGAAACCAGAGUUUCACAGAACUGAUUUCAGAACUUCGAGUAGCACAGAAGGAAGAAGCCAAAUUGCUGGAAGAGAUAAAACAGCUUAAGCAAGACAAACAAGCUCUUGAAGUAGAUUUGGGACAAAUGAGGAGAGAGAGAGAUUUGGCAAGAGCCCAAAUUGUUUCUACUUCAGGUGAAAAAUCUUAUGAGAUAAAGAUUAUAGAAGAAUCAUACAAACAGGAAAUCAGUCUUUUGAAAAAGAGACUGCAGUGGUAUGCAGAAAAUCAGGAGCUUUUGGAUAGAGAUGCAAUUCGUCUUAAAGAUGCAAAAGAAGAAAUUGAGAAAUUGAAACUACAGGUUGAUAAUCUCAGAACUGAAGCUGGGAAUCAGUCUGUGCAACAGAAGAAACGUUUAAAGGACAGAGCGGCAGAUGCAAAAAAAAUUCAAGAUCUUGAGCGACAAAUUAAAGAAAUGGAAACAAUUCUAAAAAGAAGGCAUCCAAAUUCUUUGCCUGCUUUGAUAUAUGCUGCUGCUGCAGCAUCUGAGGGAGGUGGUGACAUUUCAGCUAAAUCCAAUACAAUUGAUUUCCUGGAAAGAAGAAUAAAAAAGUUAGAAACAGAACUUGAGGGUAAAGAUGAUGAAGCUAAAAAAAGUCUACGUGCUAUGGAACAACAGUUUCAAAAAAUAAAGCUUCAGUAUGAGCAAAGACUUGUAGAGCUUGAAGAACUCCUUGCCUAUAAAUUGAUGAAUGAACCACAAAAACUGCAUGACAGCAAAGCCAGCUUUACAGCAAUUGAGCAAGAACUUCGUAGUCUAAAGGAGAACCAUCAGAUCACAGUAAAAAAUCUUCAAACAGAAAUUGAAAAUCUUAAAAAUCAAAACUCCCAGUUAAAACUCAAAAAAUGUGAAAGAGAUGAUGAAGACUUACAAACGAUAGAAUACCAAGUGGAACAAGCUCAUGCUAAAGCCAGGUUGGUAAGACUAAAUCAAGAAUUAAUCACCAAAAGUAGAGAGAUACAAGACCUAACAAAAACUGUGGAGAGACUUCAAAAAGAGAGGACGACGAUGUUGUCAAAUCAUAACUCAAGUGAUAAGGAGAAGUCUACAGAAAUUUUGAAAAAGGAUAUUUUAGCAACAAGUAAAAGGAAUGCCAGCACCAGUGAACCCUUCCCAGACACUCUUGAUGAUAAAAUAUACCAGCCACAUAACUUUGCCGAUUCCCAUAUUUCAGAAGUUCUGCAAGAAAAUGCCAGGUUAAAAGAUGAGCUAGAAAGACUGUCUCUAGAAAUGAGCCAGCAGAGAGUGAAGUCUCAAGCAGCACUGGCUCAUUCUGAAAGUAACAUACGAAGGACAAAGGACGAUACAGCAGAAUACAUUGCAGCUCUAAGAGCAUCUCAUCAGAGAGAAGUAGAGAAAAUUCUUUGUCAGCAUGCAGUGGAACAUUCUGCUUCUAAAGUAGCUGAACUAAAUAGCAAAAUUUCAAGACAAGAAAUCUUAAUAAAACAUCUACAAGAGCAAGUUAAUGAGCUGCACAGAGAUCAGGAGGCCCUUGCAGUUUCACAAACGCGAGAAGAAAUCUUGCAAAAAGAGAUGGCAAAAUUGUUGGAAGAACUGAGAGAGGCUAAAGAGAGGCAAAGUCCUGAGAUGAAACACUUCUUGUGUCUAGAAAGGAAAAUCAAGUAUAUGGAGAUCCGACACGCACAAAGAGAACAAGAACUUCAGCAGAUAGUGCAACAAACACGACAUGUUGCUGAAGUGCAGCAAACCCAGGAAGUUGAGAAGUGGAAAAAACUUGCCCAAUUAAAGAAUCAAGAGCUGGAGAAGUUUCAAGUGGAAUUAGAUUCAAUAUUAGAUGUUUUACGGGAAUUGCAGAAACAAGGGGUUGUUAUUCCAGUACCUGUUUCAAGUGGAUUAAAUUUACCAGAAAGAUAUUGAAAGACGUGACUGGUCAGAGAAAUAGAAUAUUAACCUAGACAGCUGUGAAUAUAAAACAAUCACUGGUGAAAUCCUUGCAAGUUCAGAUACUUUCCAUAAAUUCAUCUGAAAUUUCACUCAUCUAAAGGCAAGUUUUUACUGAACAAUUGAUUGAUCAUAUUGUGUCUCCUAAGUUCUUAAUAAUAAAUGGUCUUGUAUAUGAAAUAAUCCUGAACAAAAAAUUAGGACUUUUGAGCCAGAUGAUUCUCCUCCCCCUCUCUUCCCCCUCCCCCCUCCCCAAACUGAAUUGUGAAGAAAUUUGCAUUUUGUAUUCUUCCAACAGCCUGUGGAACAUUACAUCUUCUCUCAGAAGUAUUCAGUACAGUUCUGUUUCAUAUAGCAUAACUGAUUGCUCAGUUGUAUUCUCCUAUGUCAGAUCUUCUACGAAAAUCUCGAAUAAUGUGGUCUAUUUUAUACAGAAAUUGCUAACCCAGUAAUAUCAUUACUACAAUAAUUAGGGCACAAAAUCCUGUUUACAUCUUUCCAUCACUUCUCUCUUCUCAUCUUUUCACUCAAUACUCUUUUCUUUCCUCCUUCCCCUUUUUGGCCCCUAAACUUCUCCAAAUGCUUGGAGGACUAGGUCUGGUUCUUUUUAUGACAACAAUGACCCCAGACUUAAGCCUGGUCUACAGUUAAAAUUUAGAAGGACGCAGGGGGUGUGGAAAAAAUUCACACCCCUGAGUGCCAUAGUUAAGACAACCUAAUCCCUGGUCUAGAUGCAGCUAGGUUGAUAGAUGAAUUCUUUGGUCAACCUAGCUAGGGGAGGUGGAUUACCUACAUCAACAGAAAAAUUCCUUCUGUUGGUAUAGGAAACGUCUAUGUUAUGGCAUAGCUGCAGCACUGCCGCUGUAGUACUCCUAGUAUAGACAUAACCUUAGAAAACCAUUUUCUUUGAAUUUUGAGAUAUUUCUUACAAAGCCAUGCCAUUCAUGCUAGUGCUCUAUUUAGUAUAAUCAGUGGUAUUUGAUUGCUGACUGAAUGAUGCUAAGAGUUAAGUCAUAGCUGAAGUAACUUAGUUUACAAGUCUACAGCAGCACAUAUAUUAACUAUAGAUCUGUGCCUUUUUGGAGGGACCAUGAAAGAAGAUACGUUUUCAUCAGUAAAUUAUGUGGUCACACGAGUGAGUGUACAUCAUUUAAAUAAAAAGUAGUUAUAUACCAA